AUGAAGACGAUCACCAACCCCUAUGUCCUGACCGCCCUGGCGUGCACGGGCGGCAUGCUUUUCGGCUUUGACGUCUCGUCGAUGUCGGCCAUCCUCUCGACGCCCAACUACCUCGUCUACUUUGGCCCCAACGACAAGAUCACCGAGUGCCCCGACCGUCCUGGCGCUCUCUGCUCGCCCGGCCCCAGUGCCGACGUUCAGGGCGGCAUCACCGCCUCGAUGGCCGGCGGUUCGUUCCUCGGCGCCAUCGUCUCCGGUCUUCUCACCGACCGUCUUGGACGCAAGAAGGCCAUCUUCCUCUCGUGCAUUCUCUGGAUCAUCGGCUCCAUCAUCUCUUGCGCCUCGGUCAACGUCGGAAUGCUCGUAGUCGGCCGUAUCCUCUGCGGUGCUUGCGUCGGUAUCGCCUCGGCCCAGGUCCCCGUCUACAUUUCCGAGCUUUCGGUCGCCAGCAUCCGCGGUCGCCUCGUCGGUUGCCAGCAGUGGUCAAUCACCAUCGGCAUCAUGGUCUUUUACUACGUCAGCUACGGCUGCAGCUUCCUCGGCAACCGCAUCGGCGGCGACCAGGACGGCCGCGGCACCGCCAGCUUCCGCCUGCCCUGGGGCCUGCAGAUGAUCCCCGCCAUCGUCCUUAUGGGCUUCAUUCCCUUCAUGCCCGAGUCGCCCCGCUGGCUCGCGUUCCAGAACCGCCACGAGGAGUGCCUCGAGGUCCUCGGCCAGGUCCACGGCCACGGCGACAUCAACAACCCGCUCGUCCAGGCCGAGUUCCAGGCCAUCCAGCAGGCCGUCGAGGAGGAGAGCAAGAGCGGCUCCGGUUACCUCGACCUAUUCCGCAACGGCAUGGCCUGGAGGACCCACAUCGCCAUGUUCACCCAGAUCUGGUCGCAGCUGACCGGUAUGAAUGUUUGCAUGUACUACAUUGGCUACAUCUUCGCCAUGGCGGGCCAGACCGGCAACAUCGCACUCGUCUCCUCAAGCAUUCAAUACGUCAUCAACGUGCUCAUGACAAUCCCUGCUCUUCUCUAUCUCGACAGGUGGGGACGCAGGCCCACGCUGCUCGUUGGCUCGACCCUGAUGAUGGUCUGGCUGUUCACCAUCGCCGGUCUGAUGGCCAGCUACGGCCACUUUGUCGAGUCCGACACGCCCGUCCGCUGGAAGGUCGAGGGCGCCCCCGCCAAGGCCAUCAUCGCGUGCACCUUCCUCUUUGUCGCGUCGUACGCGCCGACCUGGGGUCCCGUCUCGUGGACCUACCCUCCGGAGCUCUUCCCGACCAGGCUGCGUGGCAAGGCCGGCUCCGUCUCGACCAGCUGCAACUGGAUUUUCAACUUCGCCCUCUCGUACUUCGUGCCUCCUAGCUUCCGCAACAUCCAGUGGAAGUCGUACCUUAUCUUCGGCGUCUUCUGCUUCGCCAUGACCGUCCACGUCUUUUUCGCCUUCCCCGAGACGGCCAAAAAGUCGCUCGAGGAGGUCGACGAGAUCUUCAACUCUGGCGUCCCGGCCUGGAGGACGAGGGCGAUUGCGCAGAACAACAAGACCGAGCAGCUGGCGCGCGACAUCGAGGUCGGCAAGGCUUCGGGACCGAUCUUCACCAAGGACUCUGCCUCGGCCUCGUCGCCCGACUCCGAGUCCAAGGACGAGGCCAAGGCUUGA